AUGAAAGGUGCCAAACGUUCUUCACCCUAUGACGAUGCUUCUCAUCGUCAAAAAGGGCCAAAAGGCGGUAGAAAACAGAUGAGAACUAUUAGAAAGGCAGCACCCAGGCCAAGAGAUGAAAUCGCUAUGCAGGAUGCGGACGAUAGCUCCCCAGAGGAGCCACAACCUCAUCCACCACUUGAAAUGCAGGGUAAAACUAGUGCUGACAGCUCAAGCCAUUCCUCGAACCAGUCAGAGGCUUACGCCGCUCUUUUGACCUUGCUGAAAGCUGAACAUGGCAGUGGAAAAAGCAAAAAAACAGAGACCCAGGUUGAAGGUGAUGUCGCAACUGGACAGGGUGAAGAGGGCUCUGCUGAUAGCGAUGGUGACGAAAAUGAGGAAACUGCCAUUGAAAACGCUCUUGUCGAUGAACGGGACGAGGACGAAGAGGCCGAGCAAGCUUAUCAAAAUAACAGCGAUACCGACGAAAGCGACGAUGAAGACCGUACAGAACCACUAGAAAAACACUUCAACGCAGUGCCACAGCAGUUCAUCGAUGAGCUUGAUGCUGAAUUUAAAAAUAGGACCGUUCGUUACCGAUCUGUUAAAGUGGCCACAGACAACACGGACGAAUUCAUCUAUUCCAAGCCAACCAUGACCAAGGAUGUUCAAGAGGACCGCAUUUCUGCACCUACGCUCAGUCAUUCUUUGCGUCCUUACUUCAUCAAACAAAAGUUGAAAAUUCACAAUAAUCUUCUGGACUCGGAAGAAGACAAUUUGACACCGCUCCAGAAAGAAAUUGUAGACCCCAUUUUCCAAUAUCAAGAUCUGCGUUACGAGUACAGCAGUUAUGACCAAGAACCUGAGUACCGCGAUCUGUACGCUCUGCACGUUUUGAAUCAUGUCUACAAGACGAGAGACCGCAUUUUGAAAAAUAACCAGCGGCUACAGGAUAAUCCGGAUCUUGAUCUUCUCGACCAAGGCUUUACAAGACCAAAAGUUUUAAUUGUGGUUCCCACCAGAGACACUGCGCAUCGCGUGCUCUCAAAAAUUAUAGAAAAGUCCGGCAUAGACCAGGUGGAUAAAAAGGGCAAAUUUCAGGACCAAUUCUACCAACCAACAUCUGCUCCUGACUACAAAGCCAAGUCAUUCAAACAUGUUUUCAGAGGCAAUACCAAUGAUUUUUUCGUAUUGGGCGUCAAAUUCACGAGAAAGGCGAUAAAGCUUUAUAGUAAUUUCUACCAAUCCGACAUUAUUAUCUGCUCUCCAUUGGGUCUGCAACUGAUCAUUGAAAACACCGAUAAAAAGAAGAGACAGGACGAUUUUCUGUCUUCCAUUGAGCUGCUGGUGAUCGACCAGCUUUACAGUAUCGAGUUUCAGAACGUUUUGCAUUUAUCAUCUAUUUUUGAGCAUAUCAACAAAAUCCCAGAGCAGCAACAUGACGCUGAUUUCAGCAGAAUCAAAAUGUGGUAUAUUAAUGACCAAGCCAAAUUGUUGCGUCAAUCUCUCAUCUUUACACGUUAUGCGUCGCCAUUUUCCGACUCACUAAUUAAUGGGAAAUGUAGAAAUUACGCCGGUAGAUGGAAAAAUCACUCUAUUGUGAGCGCUGAGAAAUCCAGUUUGGGUCAAUUGGGCAUGCGCACCCGUUUGAUUUUUCAAAGGUUUGAUCUCGCGGGGAACGCAGCAAUUGACGAACCUGACUAUCGCUUCAAAUUUUUCUGUAGCGUUGUUAUUUCCAAUAUCGUGAAAUCGACUGGAUAUGAAGACGGCAUCUUGCUGUACAUUCCUGAUUACACGGACUUCAUCAGAGUACGCAACUAUCUGCGGGAAAAGACCAGUAUUCUUUUCGGAGAUAUCAAUGAAUACUCUGAGCCUCGGCAGGUCAACGCCAACAGAACUCUGUUCCAACAGGGACGGGUUAAGGUUUUAUUGUACACCGAAAGAUUGCAUCAUUUCCGCAGGUAUGACAUAAAAGGUGUGAAAACCGUCAUUUUUUACAAGCCACCUUCAAAUCCGGAGUUCUUCGAAGAAGCUGUGCGUUUCUUGGGUAAGAGUGCAUUUUUGGGAGUGGCGGACCUGAAUAUCUCGGUGGUCAGAUGCCUGUACUCUAAGCUAGACGGCUUAGCGUUGGAAAAGAUCGUAGGCACGGAGCGUGCCGCAGUUUUGACGCGUGGGCCCAACGAUUCUUACGAGUUCAAGUAA